UUUUGGUGGUAAAGUCUGUAGCUCUCAUCGCUGCGUUUCAUUAAGCGGUCAAUCCGGGGCCACAGAGCGGAGAGCUAUUUGAAUUCUGUUUGGGACACGAUUAGCAUGGAUGCCUUCAGAGCUGCCGCCUUCGCCGUCCUCCUUGUUACCUGCCUGUUGGAUUUACCUUGUAUCCAGCCAGCUGCUAUCGUCCCUUCUCCGGUGCCGAGAAGCAACAAGGGGGGCAGGAUGCCAAAAGAUGGGAGGAAGGCAGCCACAUUUCUUAAAGAGAUAUUACCAUCUUCUACCAGCCAAAGCCAUCACCAAGAUCCGAUGAAGCCCUGUGCUGUUGUGCCCCACGAGUAUAUGUUGUCUAUUUAUAGGACUUACUCUGCAGCUGAAAAACUCGGGAUAAACGCAAGUUUUUUCCGGUCUUCAAAGUCUGCUAACACCAUAACCAGUUUUGUGGACAGAGGACAAGACGAUCUCUCGCACUCUUCUCUGCGAAGACAAACGUAUCUGUUUGAUGUCUCAACUCUUUCGGACAAAGAGGAGUUAGUGGGAGCUGAAUUAAGGAUAUUUAGAAAAGUGCCCGGGGAUUUCCACAUGGCUCACACAGGUCUGUACGGUAUUCAAUUACUCCCCUGUCGUUCAAAACAGCUACUGGAUUCAAUAACUCUUGAUCUGCAGGAUGCUCGCAGACCCGGAUGGGAAGUUCUAAAUGUCUGGGGAAUGUUUAAAAACCGCCAACACUCACCACACAAGAACCAAGUCUGUUUCCAGCUAAUGGCAAAUUUAGAAAGAGAAGUGGACUUAAGGAGCCUUGGCUUCGGCAGGAAGGAGCGUCGGCAGCAAGAGAAAGCGAUUCUGGUGGUGUUCACAAGGUCCAAGAAAAGAGAAAACCUCUUUAGCGAAAUUAAAGAAAAAAUAAAGUCUUCUCAGAAUGCCGAAGAUAAAAGUGAAUUUCGGUUCAAAACCAAGCGGAAGAGAAGGACUGCCUUUAACCGCCAUGGAAAGCGACAUGGUAAAAAGUCCAAGUCAAGGUGCAGUAAAAGACCGUUGCAUGUAAAUUUUAAAGAGCUUGGGUGGGACGACUGGAUCAUAGCGCCACUGGACUAUGAAGCGUAUCACUGUGAGGGCGUGUGUGACUUUCCUCUCAGAUCGCACCUAGAGCCAACAAACCACGCUAUAAUACAAACGCUAAUGAACUCAAUGGACCCCAAUUCUACACCGCCCAGUUGUUGUGUGCCUUCGAAACUAAGCCCCAUCAGUAUUCUAUACAUUGACUCUGGCAAUAACGUUGUGUAUAAGCAGUAUGAAGACAUGGUAGUGGAAUCGUGUGGCUGCAGGUAACAUUUUCCCUGAAGAAUAAACUAAAAAAAAAAAAAAGAAAAAAAAAAGAAAAACAAGGACUCCUGGGCAAGUCGACUUUGAAGGUGGAAAUAGUCUCUAAACUGUCUAAAAGCACAAACUAAGGCUGAUUAUGUCUUUUCACCUUGGGUGCCUCUUGAAUAUCCAAAAGGGAUCGCAAUUAAUUUAAUGCAUUCUUUCAUAUGCGACAAGUAAAGAUAUAAAAACCGUAUCUAUUGCUAUUCAAUAUAAGUUCAUAUUUAGGUUUCUAUUAGUAACCAAUCAUUUAUAAUAGUGAAUCUCAAUUUUAAUUUUACGUUAAUUUUGCCUGACGGUGGAGACUCGCCAGCAGUUACACAAUCACAACUAAAUAAAUACAAUGUUUAUAGUUAUCUCCCAUUGUGUUUCAGAGUAUAGAUACAUACU